CAUUCAUGAAUUUUUAUUAGUCUUCUUGUGCAACCUUUCCUUGAACUAGUUAUUGAAGUCGAAAAUUUCCUCACCGAUUAACUCGACAUGAGCUUUUCUUUGUCCUGGGAGACCUAUAUAUAUAGACGGCAACACAGUCGGGAGUAACAACCUGUUUCCAGAUUAGAGAAUUUAUAGCGAGUUCGUUUCUUGAUCUACUUCGUUCUUCAACAUUGAGUAAAUAGAGAAAACAAGAUGAAAACGAUUGUUAUUGCUGCAUGCGUACUCGUGGUAGGUAUAGCCUACGCUGUACCCCAGACUCAUUUCUACGGACAUUAUGCUCCCCAACCACAACAACUUUACGGAGCAUAUGCUACCCACGGGGCUUACGGUCAAACUGCUUCUGGAGCGUAUCCCAAAUACGGAGUCUACGGUCAACCUGCUUCUGGAGCUUAUGCAGGACGAGUAGGCUACGGUCAACCUGCUUCUGGAGCUUAUGCCGGACGAGGAGGCUACGGUCAGCCUGUUGCAAGAGCUUAUGCUGGACAUGGAGCCUAUGGUCAGCCUGCUUCUGGAGCUUACGCCGGACACAGAGCUGUUCCGUACGGUCAACCACAGGUCACAGUUUACGGCCAGAAAACUCCAGUUUACGGACAGAGUAAUGGUAAGGCUCAGUCCUAUGGUCAUGAAAGGGUAUACACUGUCCGCGAUCCUUAUAAUAAUGGCCAUAUGCACGUGAAGGAGAUGCACGUGAAGAUGGACCGUAAAAUGAAUGCUGAUGAAGCUGAAGCUGCACUUCACGAUAUCAUGGGAUCCAUGCACGGUGGCCAAGGAAGCUUUAAAGACAUUCUUUCACAGAUUGGAUUUUAAUUCAAUAUUAUCUUAUUACACUUAGCCAUUUACUUUAUAAGCAGAAAUAGCGGGU